ACUGUAAUCUCUGGAGCCGCAUUUGAAAAACGUGGUGUGGUUUAAUAUGGUGCAAUGUGAUAAAGUGCCAGUUACCUGUGAUUUUAAAUGUGUUUUAGUAAGAAAACCGAGAACUGCAUUCUUACAGUUGACGUAUAUAAGCAGGUUUUAAGUUUUUUUUACAACAUAACUUGAAACGCCGGGUGGUCUUGGUCUGUACCAUGUGGUGAGGUUGUGUGUACAAUCAACAUGGCGUGUUCGGGGAGUGUGGAAUUUUCGAACGACGGGAGAUACUUAAGUGCUUGCGGACAAGACGGAAAACUAAAGAUAUGGGAGACAGAGACAGGCCUCCUGAAACAAGAAUAUACACCCAAUCUUCAUCUCGUCUCACCUUGCACGUGUCUGACAUGGAUAAGUUUACAGCGGCCUUCGGUAAAGAAGAAGCGCCGUUCGAAGUCUUCAUUAGAAUCUGCAGAAAAAAAUGUAGACGUAAUCGCAAUGGGAACAACUGCAGGUAAUGUGCUACUCUAUAGCAUUGCAGUGGGAGACGUGGAAGCACAGUUACAGGGUGGCCACAGCGGCUCUGUUACAUGCUUAUCUUGGUCGUCGGGCUCGCAUUUGUAUAGUGGCGGUGCGGAUGCUCAUGUCACAGAGUGGGCAAUCAACGAUGGUUCUGUCAAAAGCAAGUGGAAAGCAGGAACUGAACAGUUGACUAGUAUCUUAGUUUUACCAGAUGGAAAGUCACUCCUGGCAGCAAGUCGAACUAUUAGUUGGUGGAAUUUGGAUGACAAACAAGUUAUAAAAACAUUUGCAGGCCAUUCAACAGAUGUUUUAAAUUUAUUAUAUGUUGCUCCAGUGACUGAACAUUCGGAAAACUAUUUCCUGAGCUCAGCCAAAGGUGAUCGUUAUGUCAAUGCAUGGUCAUUGAAUCCCUCCAAUAGAAACAAAACGCCAGUGGCUUCUUUUGUAAUGGAGGACAUUGCUGUCAGUGUGACAGUUUUCAGCAGCUCAGAAACACAACAGAUUACUUUGGGUACUGUUACGAGAAGCGGUGUGCUUCAUUUGUACAGGCAUCAGCUGAACGGAAAAUGUCAGAAACCUCUGAAACCAAAAGUUACUGUACAAAUAGCCUCGGAUACUGGACAAAAUAAGGAAACCGUAACACCAAUACCAAUAAUUGGUGCUCAUUUGUGUGAUGAAAGUACAAUACUUAUUGCACAUGGAAAUAUGGUAUUCCUUACAUUUGAAAAAAUAGUUCCAAAUUGUUAUGAGAAGGUCCUAUGCCUAGUUAGGAAAGACCCUCGACAACCAGCUGUUACAAAGGAGGAAUCGUCAUUGAAGGUGAAAAUUCCAGAAACAGAAGGAAAUGUUCAGUACAUGCAGGCACCUGCAACAACACCAGCAAAAAGGAGCCGUAGAGUUCAGUCUGAAGUGCCAAUGGAGGAGAGACUAGAGAACUUACAACUGAAAGAACCAGAACAAACAAGGACAGCUCCUCGUGGUGAUAGCUUAGCUCAUCUGCUUGUCCAGGGCCUGCACAGCAAAGACAAGAAAAUGUUGCAUAGUGCUCUGUUCAGGAAUGAAGGACAAAAUUAUUAACAACACUGUGCAGAGGCUCCGCUGCAAGCAGUUGCACCCUUAGUGAAAGAGCUGGCAACACUUCUUCAUGGAAGACCACAUGUGAGCCAGUUGGCAGCAAAAUGGUUAAAAGCAGUGGUGUCUGCUCAUGCCAGUCAGCUUUUGGCAAAUCCAGACCUAAGUGAUACACUCUCACCUGUAUUGGGUCUUGUGGAAGCACGCCUAAAUGUUCUUGCGCCUCUUAGCAGGCUUCGUGGGAGGCUUGACCUGCUAAUGGACCAGAUUGUAGGGGAAAAUGCAGCUGAAGGAGAACAAAGUGUAGCACAAGAAGAGAGCUUGCUGGUGUAUCAGGAUACUGAUUCAUCAGAGGAAAUGAGUGCAGAGGAUGAUGGACUUAAUAGUGACUCUGAUCAUUGGGAGGAAUUAUCAGAAGACUUGAAUGCUGUUGGAGACAGUGAAGUACAAGAAGAAGAAAUGGAAGUAACAGAAAUGUCUAGUUGAAAGUGAGGUGCUAAUAGUUGGCGAUAUUAUUGGACAUGGAUAUCUCUCAGCAGGAAGCAACAUAAGCAAAUAUUUACAUACUUGUGAAGAUAAUUGUAAAUAAAAUUUUGGUAUGUGAUUAAAUAA